AGAAGACGAAGAAAGCGAUAGAGAUGUCAGACGAUGGCAGCGGUUCUGGCGAUGACGACCUAAUCGCCACUUUGCAUAGAAUUAGUGGUAAACGUAAGAUGUCUUUCGAUGACGUGAUGGCGGCGGCCGAUGAUAGUGGUCUUCCACAGCCAGACAGUGGCCACAAGAAAGUGCGGAUCGCUCACCAAAAUACUCAUAAUAUGCCAACGAAGACUGCGGAGAAAAAAGUCUUAAGACCGACACCAACACAGGCAAUGCAACAGAGAUAUGUCGCUCAGACCAACGCCAUGAUCACGUCCAUCAAGAAUAGCAGUAAUAAUAACACA